CAACGAGACUAUAGAACAAUAUUAUCAACAAAAUGGUGACGGUUAUCAGCUUAUGAAAUAUAAACAAACUAAUACUGUUGAAACGAGUUCACGACAUACAAGUCCUGAUUAUUCGAAUUUUUAUUUGGCUAUGCCGAAUGGCCAAUGGAUGGUUAGAACAAGAACGGUUGCUAGAAAAAUUACCGGUACUCAAUACGUUGACCAAGAACGUAUAUAG